AUGGAAGCACUGAGAGAGUCUUUUCUGCAUUUGACUUUUCAGAUGUCAACGUAUAAGAGAGCCACGUUGGAUGAGGAGGACCUGGUGGACUCUACCAGUGAUGACAUCUACCAAUCAUCCCCUAUGCAGGUGACUCUUCUGCACGGCCGUGGUCCCACAUGUUGGCUAGACAAGACACAGAGGGAGAGGAGGCUACUGAUUUUACUGUGCGUCGUGUCUCUGGGCCUGUUCAUAUCUCUCAUCACAACUGGGGUCUUCUACAAACAGACUCACCCGGGCUUGUGCCUAACAGAGCCAUGCAUUACUGUGGCCAGUGCGGUCAUGGGAGCCCUGGACCGAUCCGUAGACCCCUGCCAUGACUUUUACAACUUUGCCUGUGGGGGCUGGAUGAAGAACAACCCCCUCCCUGAGGGCAAAUCCCGCUGGGGACCUUUCAGCAACCUCUGGGAGCACAACAUGCUUGUAAUGAAGCAUUUAUUAGAAAACACAACGAUGAAAGGUCUGAGUAAGGCUGAGGAAAAGGCCCAGCGAUAUUAUCAGGCCUGCAUGAAUGAGGCCAAGAUUGAGGAAUUAGGAGCCAAGCCACUGCAGGAGCUAAUCAGCCAGAUAGGAGGAUGGGCCCUGACCGGAUCAUGGGACAAGGACAACUUCCAGGAAGUUUUGCGUAUGGUGUCAGCCAACUAUCGCACCUCGCCUUUCUUCACCGUGUUUGUCAGCACUGACUCCAAAAACUCUAACAGUAACAUCAUCCAGGUGGAUCAGUCCAGCCUGGGACUACCUUCACGGGAUUACUACCUCAACAGAACAGCAAAUGAAAAGUAUUUGACCGCAUACCUCAACUUCCUGACGGAGUUAGGGGUUCUCCUAGGUGGCUCAAAGCAGAUGUCUCAGACGCUGAUGGAGGAGAUUGUGGACUUUGAAACCGCCCUGGCCAACAUCACAGUCCCUCAGGAUGAGAGACGGGAUGAGGAGCUCAUCUACCAUAAGAUGGAGGCCAAGGAUCUGACAACUCUGGUUCCUGCAGUGGACUGGAUGCCAUACCUCACAGAAGUGUUUGCUCCGGUGCCACUCAAUGACUCAGAGCCAGUGGUUGUUUAUGCCAAAGAAUACCUCCAGAAAGUUUCUGACCUCAUUACAAAAACAAAUAAAAGCCUACUGAACAACUACAUGAUAAUGAAGGUGGUGAGGAAGAUGGUGUCCAUUUUGGACCAAAGGUUCCAGAAUGCAGAGCAGCGCUUCCUUGAGGUCAUGUAUGGAACAAAGAAGAGCUGCACUCCACGCUGGAAGCUGUGUGUCAGUGACACAGACAGCGCCCUGGGCUUUGCUCUUGGAGCCAUGUUUGUCAAAGCCACCUUUGCUGAGGACAGCAAAGCCAUUGCUGAAGAUAUGGUUGCAGAAAUUAAGUGGGCGUUUGAGGAUAGCCUGAAGUAUGUCAGCUGGAUGGAUGAGGACACAAAAAAAGCAGCAAAAGAAAAGGCAGAUGCGAUAUACAACAUGGUUGGAUAUCCAGAGUUCAUCAUGAAUGCCACAAAGGUGGACAAAGUGUUCAAUGAUUUUGAGGUGGUGUCAGAACUUUACUUCCAAAAUGUCAUGCAGUACUACAACUUCUCAGCCAGAGUGACUGCGGACCAGCUGAGGAAAAUACCCAACAGAAACCAGUGGAGCAUGACCCCUCCAACUGUGAAUGCAUAUUACAACCCUACCAAGAAUGAGAUGGUUCUGCCAGCGGGAAUUCUUCAGGCUCCGUUCUACAGUCGUUCCUGGCCUAAAGCUCUUAACUUUGGUGGAAUUGGCGUAGUCAUGGGACAUGAACUGACUCAUGCUUUUGAUGACCAGGGGAGGGAAUAUGACAAGGACGGAAACCUGCGUCCCUGGUGGAAGAACUCUUCUGUGGAGGCCUUCAAGAAGCAAACCCAGUGCAUGGUGGAGCAGUAUGGAAAUUACAGCAUCAACAAGGAGCCUCUGAAUGGAAGACACACCCUGGGAGAGAACAUCGCUGACAACGGUGGACUCAAGGCUGCCUACAAGGCUUAUGUGGACUGGAUCAAAAAGAAUGGCGAGGAGGCCACACUGCCAGCACUGGGAAUGACUAACCAUCAGCUGUUUUUUGUAGGAUUUGCCCAGGUAUGGUGCUCUGUAAGGACACCUGAAAGUUCACACGAGGGCGUAAUCACAGAUCCUCACAGUCCGUCAAGAUUUAGAGUCAUUGGCACCAUCUCUAACUCACAUGAAUUCUCAAAGCACUUUGGCUGCAAAGCGGAUGAUCCCAUGAACCCUAAACAUAAGUGUGAGCUUUGGUGA